AGCGGAGUGUCGCGCUGAGCUGACAGAACGGUAGCGUUCUUCAACAGUAUGUGUGAAGUUCAGGUUAGGCUUUCAUACGUUUAUUUACCAUUCCAUAGAUAGACUGCCUGCAAGCGGACCAGCGCAUUUAAAGAGAGAGACCCGUCUACCUUGUGUGAAUUUGAUUGACAGUCAGCACAGGCUCAAGCAAGGGAACUUUAAACUAUUUCUCGCAGCUAUUCGGAAUAAACACACCGACAGCUAAAUGGUCAAAAUGGGUAAAGACUACUAUAAUGUCCUGGGCAUACAGAAAGGAGCGACGGAGGACGAGAUCAAGAAGGCGUAUCGUAAGCAGGCUCUGCGUUACCACCCGGAUAAAAACAAGGCUCCUAAAGCCGAGGAUAAGUUUAAAGAAAUAGCUGAAGCUUAUGACGUUCUGAGCGACCCAAAGAAAAAGGACAUUUACGACCGAUUCGGUGAAGAAGGGUUGAAGGGAGGAGGCCCCCCAGGAGGAGGGGGUGUUCCCGGGGGCCCUAGUUUCAGCUACUCCUUCCAGGGUGACCCCCACGCCAUAUUCGCCGAGUUCUUCGGGGGCCGGAGCCCCUUCGACCAGUUCUUCCCCCGAAACGGCGGGGGCCCAGACGGGGACAACAUGGACACUGACGAUCCCUUCGCCCGUUUCGGGAUGGGGGGGUUCCCCCGUUCUUUCAGCACAGGGAUGGGCGGAGGGGGGAUGGGGGGGCAGAUGGUUGAGAAGCACCAGGACCCACCCGUGCUCCACGACCUCAGGGUGACCUUAGAGGAGGUUCUCUCAGGCUGCACGAAGAGAAUGAAGAUAUCCCACAAGCGGCUGAACGCAGACCGACAGACCAUCCGGACGGAGGACAAGAUCCUGGAGGUGGAGAUCAAGAAGGGAUGGAAGGAGGGGACUAAGGUCACCUUCCCUAAAGAGGGGGACGAGACGCCGACUAACAUCCCGGCAGACGUGGUGUUUGUGGUCAAGGAUAAGCCACACCCGGUGUUCCGGCGAGACGGCUCUGACAUUGUUUACCCCGCCAAGGUCUCCCUCAGAGAGUCGCUGUGCGGCUGCACGGUCAUCGCCCCCACGUUGGACGGCAGGACAGUAACCGUGACGACAGGGGACGUGGUGCGUCCGGGGAUGAAACGACGCAUCACGGGGGAGGGGCUUCCUCUGCCCAAGCGGCCCGAUCGCCGCGGUGACCUGCUGGUGGAGUACGAGGUGGCGUUUCCGGAGAGACUGAGUCAGAGUGCCAAGGAGACCAUCGCACAGGUGCUUCCACCCUAGUCCUGACCGCUAUGAACUAUGAACUUGUUAAGGACAAACCGGACGGAGCCGACGAACAGUGAAAAGCAACAGGUGGCUGUCCUCCCUAUCGCCUCUGACCAAAGAACGUUUACCGCUGCCAUUUUCUGUUCAUUUCCAGACCAUUCUGCGUGUUGAAUCACCAUCGUUCGUCGACACCCAUCAGGUGACCUACUGCGCACGGCCAAUGUUCGUUAUGGUGUCUCUUGUCCUUUAGUUGAGAACUGCCACUUUGGACCUCGUGAGUCCACUUCAGAACCACUAGUGAACUGAGGAAAACCUGCAACUCAUAUUAUUCAAAAAGCAUCUUAGAGUAGGCAUACUGAUCUAGGAUCAGUGUAGCCUUUUAGAUAAUAAUGCAUGUGACUACAUGGACAGGGGGGCACCUGAUCCCAGAUCAGCACUCCUGCACUGUAGAACCAGAGAACAUCAUAUACAUGUUGUUUAGCUUCCUUUUAGUAUGAGCCUCUUUUUAUCUCUACUUCCCCACUGGUGAAUGUUUCCAUGUACAGACUAGAGCCAUUGGCUUGUUAGCAGUGGUUUCCAAACCUCUUCUCUGGGACCCUCAGACAUUUAACACAACGUUGUAGCCCUGGACUAGCUCACCUGAUUUACCUAGUCAAGGGCUUGAUGAUUGGUUGAUAUGAGAGAGAGAGAGAGAUGUGAGAAUGAAUGGACAUUUACUGCCAGAGAGACUGUUGGAGUAAGAGAUCACCUGAUUCACCUAGUCAAGGGCUUGAUGAUUGAUUGACUAAUGUAAUCAGAUGUUCUGGCUCUUGAGUAGAUGAAAUCCAUUUGUCUGUGGGUCCCCCAGGAGAGGUCUGAGAACUCCUGUUUUGGGGGAUUAGAUUGUAUCUCUUGGUGGCGUUUCUUUGUAGAUGACGUCUCUUCAUGUAACGAUUCUAGGGGUUUAGGUAUCAUGGGUGGUUUUCAUGGCUCUGGAUUCUGAUCAAAUCAAUAGAAAGUAUUGCCACUGAUCACUGAUCAAUACCCAUAGUCUGAUAAUACCCAUAGUUAAUGGUUUAGAAGAGAAACAAUGCUAUUUGAAUGCAUAGAAAUAUAAUCUAUAGACCCGACCUUCCCAUUCAAGUCAAUGCUGAUUCUAUUUCUAUGCUUGAAAGGUCUUUACUUUUCCAGGAUGCCUACAAUAACAGGGUGGAGGGAAGUGUGAGGUGUGUUUUUCAGCUAGCGUGUAUGAGUUAGCUGACUAGGUGAACUUUUUGUACAGAAACGGUUGGAAUGUGUGACUUGCUGUAGGAUCUGGGCUUUGUAUGGUGCAACUGUUGGAUUGUGUACUAUCAUGAGAUAGGAUGUUAGCACAGUAACCAUGGGAGAUAUAGGCCUUCAUGUUAAACCCAUAGCAUUCCUCUUUACUGAAUAUUAUACACGACAUGUAUUGUUGCUACCUGUUGUUGAUGCAGCAAGUGAGAACUGUCCAGAAACUGAUAUGAAGCUGUGUUUAUCGAGCAAAGAAUAUCAACUUUUGCUUUGUAAUGAUCUAUGCAUUUAAAUGAAAGAUCCCUCACCUCAAUAUAGAGGCUAUUAUUUCUCCUUCACAUCAGGAACUAGUUUUUAUAUUUAAAUCAUGUCAUUCAGAUUUAAGGAAUACCUUUAAGAAAACGUUAACCCUGGACAGAAUCUUCUACAACUGCAACCAGACUUUGAAUUUCUUAGUUUACUAAACAUUUCCCACGUAUGUAUUAUAUUUCUGAACAGUUUUCUAUACACAGAAUGUAUUUUCUACAUAACUUUCAUAAGAAAAUAAAGUUUUCUUCUAGA